AUGGCUGUGUAUGGUGGCUCCAUGACAGCUGUGGGUGAGGCCCUGAUGCAUGCGAGGAACACUUUCCUACCACUCUGGCUGGGGGUGUUUCUGUUCCUAUAUGAAUGGUCCCAGGUUGGGCACUCCCAACGACAUGGUCCCCCAGAAGUGGCAAUUCCACUGAAGGUAACAGUCACUGGUGUGGGCGUGAAGCCUGGAGACUGGCAAUCUUACAGCCUGCAUUUUGGAGGCCAGAAACAGGUGGUCCACGUGAAGGUUAACAAGCUUUUCCUGUCCAGACACCUCCCAGUGUUCACCUACAGCGACCAAGGUGCCCUCCUUGAGGACCAGCCUUUUGUCCAGAAUGACUGCUACUAUCAUGGCUACGUGGAGGGGGACCCAGAAUCCCUGGUGGCCCUCAGUACCUGUUCAGGGGGCUUUCAAGGAAUAUUACAGACAAAUGACAUUGUGUAUGAAAUAGAGCCCAAAAGGCCUUCUGCCACGUUUGAGCAUCUCAUAUAUAAGGUGGAUGAUAAGGAGACACAAUUCCCACACAUGAGAUGUGGACUGACAGAUGAAGAAAUAGCACGACAAUUGAAGUUUCAAGAGAGUGUUAAGUUCACUUUGAUGCAGAGCGGGUAUGAAGGCUGGUGGACCCACAGGCGGUUUCUUGAGCUGGCAGUGGUGGUGGACCACGAUCGAUACCUUCAUCGCCAAAGUAACACCACAGUUGUGCAGAGCGAAGUAUACCUCGUUGUCAAUGAAAUUGAUAACUUCCUGAGUUCGCUGGACAUUGAUGUGGUUUUAAUAGGCAUUGAGAUCUGGACUGAAAGAAACCUCAUUCCAACAGAUACCAUACAGGCUCUCCUGGGAGGAUUUUGUCUCUGGAAAAAAAACAGCUUUAAUGACCGCUUACCCCAUGAUGUUGCACAUGUUUUUGUAAAGCGUUACUAUGGUAUUGCUGUGGGCUUGGCCUAUGUUGGAAAAGUAUGUGACUUGCGUUAUAAUUGUGGAGUUGAUAGUUUCAUGACUGAUGAUUUGCAUGAUUUUGCAUAUAUUGUGUCACAUGAGAUUGGUCAUAAUUUGGGUAUGGACCAUGACUCAGGUACCUGUGAAUGUGGACAUAAGACCUGCAUAAUGUAUCCGGCAAAAGCAAGUGCAACUAGGUUCAGCAACUGCAGUUAUGCUGCAUUCAUGAACACCAUUGCAACACAAGAUUGUCUGUACGUUUCAUCUAAUACAGGGAACGUCUUCACGCUUACACAGUGUGGGAACAGAGUGGUUGAAGAAGGAGAAGAGUGCGACUGUGGCGAUUUAGAGUUGUGUACAAAAGAUCCGUGUUGUCAGUCAAGCUGCACCUUGAGACCUGGCGCUGCUUGUGCUUUCGGGCUUUGUUGCCAAGACUGCCAGAUCAUGCCGAUAGGCACAGUCUGUAGGCAAGAGGAGAACGCUUGCGACCUCCCGGAGUGGUGCAAUGGGACGUCCUACCACUGUCCAGAAGAUGUGUACGUGCAGAAUGGGAUCCCGUGCAAGGACGGUGGCUACUGCUAUGAGAAGAGAUGCAAUAACCGUGAAGAACAGUGUAGGGAGAUUUUCGGCAAAGAGGCCAGGAGUGCACAUCAGGGUUGCUACACCAAAAUGAACACGCAAGGUGACCGAUUUGGGAACUGUGGGAUCCAUGGCUCUGUAUAUAAGCAGUGUAACGUGGCAGAUGUCCUGUGUGGGAGGGUUCAGUGUGAGAACGUGGCAGAAAUUCCCCUUCUGAGAGACCAUUCUACUGUGCACUGGACUCACUUCAAUGGUGUCACCUGCUGGGGUACCGACUACCAUUUGGGGAUGACCACCCCUGACAUCGGUGAUGUGAAAGACGGUACAGAGUGUGACGCGGAACGUGUCUGCGUCAGAAGGAAGUGUGUCCAUCGGUCCCUUCUGGUAGCUGGUUGUUCACCUGAGACCUGCAAUAUGAAAGGGGUCUGCAACAACAAAAAUAACUGCCACUGCAACCAGGAGUGGGCCCCCCCCACCUGCCUGACGAAAGGCCAUGGAGGAAGUGUCGACAGUGGCCCGCCCCCAGAGGGAAAAAUUCACAAAGUGGGGGAAAAGAAGAACUACCUGCAAGGACUUUGGCUGAUUUUUCUUAUUAUUCCAUUAUGCUUUAUUCUGGCUUUUAUGAAAUUCAAAAGAACAGAAAAAAGUGAAGACCUUCCACCUCCAACACUAAGUGUUCCACCUCCACCUAAGGAGAGCCAAAUGCCAAAACAGGAUCUCAAGAAGGGGAAGAAGCCAUUAAAACCUAACCCAAAGAAGAAGAACACCAAAAUGUUGUGA